AUGCUGGUUAGAGCAAUACCUAAGUUGCUUUUGCUCCUUUGUCCGCUUCUUUUUGUCGUUUGGCUCCUGAGCAGUCACAAGUCAGCACAGAAGCUUGAGAACAACCAAUUCGGUCGCAUGUGGAAGAAGAAGGCUUUCGCCGAACACGGGGAUCACGAACCUUUGAGUGCAGAUAGCAAGGAUAGCCGACACCUGCCCAUUCCUCCCGGACCGACACCUGAUGUCGACGAUGAUGGCAAGCCGAUUGUUUACCAGUCCGUGUACAAUGAAAUCAGCUCGCUUUCCUCGGUCAAUGGACAGUUCAUUCCGAUUCAUUUUGGCGGCGUUGAAGCAUACAACCCAACCAUUAUUCCACACCCUAUAAAGUACGACCAAUGGAUCAUUAUCGCCCAUCCGGGAGCAAGCCUCAAAGAAGGCGAUGGGCCUCUCAAGGAGCUGACUUGCAACGCGGGCUUUGUUAACAGCGCUCUGAGCUGUGCCGAAGUGCCAUUGCCCGUGCCCUUGACGAUCCACGAGCCUCAUUGCACAGGUGCUCUGGCCUAUCUCAACUUCGAACCGGGGCCUCGUGACGCCAGGGUCGUACACGGGCCAGAUGCACCUUACAUCUUGUACGGUGCCCAUUCGGAAUAUACCUGUCUGGGUGUCUGGAUCCAAGACCUACGACUGCUUCUCGAAGACUAUGCCGUCGAAUCGACCAUAUCUCAUCGAUUCACUGAGCCCAAAGAACUCCAGCGACCGCCACCACUUGGGGAGCUUGAAAAGAAUUACUUUGUCUUCUGGGACUUGGAGCACAACCUUUAUGUGCACCAUAGUCUGUCCCCCCGCCGUGUCUUUGCUGCUGUGGACUCCAACGGCCAUGUGGGCCAGAACCUCGCCCCCCAGGCUGCGGAAUCUGACGAUGCCUGUCUAGCCAGAUACAUGCCAGUGAUUGGUUCCAAGUAUGAAGCCAUUCGUCAGGCAACGAACUCGCUGUCCGUGACCAUGUGCAAGCGUACCGAUCCUACGUGCAAGCCGGGUCCGGAGAACACGUUUAUUAUGCACAUAUUCCACUUUAAGUCCUUCUAUGAGUGGCAUGGUGUUUACGAGCCGUAUGUGGUCCUGUUCCAACAACAAGCUCCUUUUGCGGUGCACGGAAUCGCUAAGAAACCUUUCUGGGUCAAGGGACGCCAAAUGUUGACCGAGGCGACCAUGGCCGUGCAGUGGGAGGGCCGGCAGCUGCCAGCUGGCCACUCCGAAAUGUUCUACAUUACGAGCAUGAGUUGGAAAACCCAUGGUCAGAAGUAUCAUGGCUAUAUGGAUGAUGAAUUGUUUGUUACAUUUGGGAUUGAAGACUCCAAGCCGGGUGUCAUCGACGUGCUGGCUAGCGACCUAUUGCGAGAUAUGGCAUACUGCAGAGCUGUCCCCAAAUUCACCGCCAGCGGCGAGUAG